AAUGUUUUCCGUUACCACUUUUAAAUGCUGUAUAAACGAAUCAAACUAAAGUCUUCAUAAUUGAUAUAUGUUAUUCCAAUUUUUUAAGAGAGAGAGAGAGAGAGAGAGAGAGAGAGAGAGAGAGAGAGAGAGAGAGAGAGAGGCGUUUCCGCAUAUGGUCAUUUUUACCAAUCCUAGUUUAAACUCAGUAUAAUUACCAAACAGUGCAUAUAAUGCUUUAAUUAUCCACAUGUUCGUGUAUGUUCUUAUUUAACCUUCCACCGAAGAAAACGACUUAGAGUAAAGUGAUCAAAGCGAUCAGCGAGUGUUAAUUGGGUGCAAGCAAUCCCCUUGAUAUUUUAUGUAAGAAAGUUGAUCAAAAUGUCUGCUGGCUGUGAGCAACUCCCAAGAAAUGACGAGAUAUCCCUGCAACUGAUACCAUACCAGCUUCCGGGAGACAGGAAGAGAAAUGAUAUCAUUCAUUGAUAUCCGCCCCCGCAUAUCCAAAUCUCACCGGCUCACUCAAACCAGUCCGGACUGAGAUCUAACAUUUAUUGCCUCUGAAGUCUGUCUAAUCUUCUCGCCUUCUUCAGAAUCGAUUGGCUUAGUAUUUUUGUCUCUGCUUUUAAACAACUUGGCCCGCCUUCCAUGCCAAUCGAUAAAAAAAAUUAAUCCCACUCAGUCAUGAUUUCACUGUCAUAUCGUAGAAAAACGUUCGACGUUGCGACAGUGUGCAUUCUCUCGAGACGGAUGACGGAAGAAUAGAUGUGUUUGGGAACAAGAAUGAAUGGUUCUUUUACUCAACUUUUCUGUUAAAAGGCCGGAGAUCGUAAAUGACAAAACCAUCAUCCCGUCGUCUCAAAGAAUAUCAUUCGUGAACCUAAUUCUGAAACUGUGAUCAUUGCACAGCAUACAACAUGGAGAAUAACGGAAAUAAUAUGACGGCGGUAUCACUUUCACUGUCCUCGGCAUCUGUAGAGAAAAUUAUGUUCACUGGGAGUUCUUUGUUUCUCUUUAUGACCGCCAUUGUGAACUUCCUGGCCCAUAUUGUAAUAGGUUCCAUGCUUCUCAAGUCUCGUUCCUUUCGUCAGAGCCGUCAUAUAUACAUAUUCAGCGUAGCUUUGGCCGACUUCCUCGGUGGAAUGACGAUACCUCUCUCCAUAUUAGAAACAAUGAAUUCCGGUUGGACUUUAGACCCUUAUUUGUGCCCGGUUUUCUUGGUGACUAGACAUUCGAUGUUACUUGUUUCUCUUCUUAGCGUCUUGCUGUUUACCUUGGAUAGGUGGUGGAGUAUAACAUUUCCACUGUCAUACAGAGCGCGUCAAAGUCGGCACAAAUCCAUCAUUGUCUUGAUAAUUGUGUGGAUCUUUGCUGGAAUUGUCCAUGUACCUACAAGUUUUGUCUGGAACUCUCAGUAUAUGGACAAUGGAUACAAAAUAAAGUUCUGUUUGUAUCCCUACAAUUUUGACCCCGUGUAUGCAAUGUCGUUAACAGUUAUCGAAUUCUCUUUGCCAAUUUUCUUCCUCCUGGUUCUCAACGCUUCCAUUUACGUCGUUUUGACCAGGCGCCGUAACGCCACUGAGCUUAGGAGGUCAUUAAGUACAAAUGAACGAGCGGUUCGUAGUCGAAUAAACAAUCAGUCUUCUUGUCUUCCAAAUUGUAACUGUGCAUCAAAAAGGUGUGAUAACAAAGAACCUCGACCAUUAAAACAUGCCAAAAAUCACAGUUCAUCGGAGCUGCCAGCGCAAACAGCAACUGAAAUUGUUCGGAAUAGGAGCAGGUCCGUAGACGUUGGAUCUACUGUCAGUUGUCAAUACAGCUUUUCGCGAAAGGAGAGUGAUAACUUAGUGAGAGAUUUUCUGUUGCGCCAGGGUAUGAGAGCCGUGUUUUCGGUUGGCAUUCUUACGAUGGUCGCCAUCUUGUUCCGGUUGCCUUACGUCAUUGCCUCAUUGCUCGAUGUGUUUUCUUUUCCGGUGCCUUCAGGUACAUUGUUGUUUCUUCAAAACUUGACUGUGAUAAACACAAUGGUAAAUCCUUUUUUAUAUAAACUGGGUAACAAGAGCAUCAAGAAAACGCUUGAAAUCUGCAUAGCGUCAAAACUGGAAAAAACAGAUAAACUUGGAAUAAAAUUAACAAGCAUGUAUAGUAUUCUUGAUCGAAAUGGCAAAGUUUCUAAUAUUCUCAGAACAUGAAUGUAGAUUUCCUAAAAAAAAAAUCAAAGGAAACAAUAAUUUUUCUCUUGAUCUCUGUUGGUAUUAAUUUGUUUUAGGCUACACAAUGAUGUCAUUAUGCAUUUAUAUGGCUUAUAUUUGUAAUUAAAC